GACCUUGGCGUUUGACGUACAACAGCAUGGCGAAUAAGGAACCGAAUGUAAGAUUACUUUUACAGGCGUAAUAAUUUUAAGUCAUUUUUACGAUGUUGAGUGUGGACAUGUAUAUAUACCAUGAAGGUGACUCCUGAUCUGCGCUUCGUCCAGCACCUGAGGGAUCUAGCAGGUCGUAUGUCUUCAUCUGGUGGCAGAGGGGCAGGACUUGGACUGAAGCUGCUGGUUGGAGCUGGUGCUUUGGCGUAUGGCAUUAAAGAAGCCACCUACACAGUGGAGGGUGGUCACAGAGCCAUCAUCUUCAACAGGAUUGGAGGGAUGCAGAUGGACACUAUUCUUGCUGAGGGGCUGCAUUUCAGGAUCCCGUGGUUCCAGUACCCUAUCAUAUAUGAUAUCAGAGCCAAACCCAGAAAGAUAUCCUCUUUGACGGGCAGCAAAGAUCUGCAGAUGGUGAACAUCGCAGUGCGGGUGUUGUCCAGGCCCUUAGCAUCCAACCUGCCUGUCAUGUACCAACAGCUGGGGAAGGACUAUGAUGAGAGAGUCCUGCCCUCCAUUGUCAACGAGGUCCUCAAAUCUGUUGUGGCAAAAUUUAACGCCUCACAGCUCAUCACACAGAGAGCACAGGUGUCCCUGCUGGUGCGCAGGGAGUUGUUUGAGAGAGCCAAAGACUUCAACAUCAUUCUUGAUGAUGUAUCCAUCACAGAGCUGAGCUUCAGCAGCCAGUACACGGCUGCUGUGGAAGCCAAGCAAGUUGCCCAGCAAGAGGCACAGAGAGCCCAAUUCUAUGUGGAGAAAGCCAAACAGGAUCAGAGACAGAAGAUCAUCCAGGCUGAAGGAGAGGCUGAAGCUGCCAAAAUGCUGGGCAUAGCAGUGACUAAGAACCCAGGUUACCUGAAGCUGAGGCGGAUCAGAGCAGCACAGAACAUUGCAAAGACGGUCGCAUCAUCUCAGAACAAGGUGUACCUUAACGCUGACAGUUUGGUCCUGAAUCUGCAAGACCAGGCAUUUUUUAAUAACAUGUCACUGGGCCAAAAGAAGCAGUGAGGAGGAAAUGAAGAGAGGCAGUAGAAAUGUCCCUGUCAUCAACUUCAUCUGUUUUCACAGUCUCAGUUUUGUUUGUGACAUAAGAGAAUCAACAUACAUGGCUCUGGACAAAUGUGAAUGUGGACAACAAGAACCAGCAAUUUGUUGUUGUUGUUUGUUGUUUUUUUAAACUCUCCAACAUGGGAGUGGCCUUUACUAUCACUGAAGUUUGCCAACUAACUAUUUUAGUGGAACAAAACAGUGAUUUCAUUUCAACUUUGCAAUUAAAUCAAAUUUGUUUGUCAGAUAGUACAAAAUCCAUAACCAUAAACCAUAAGGACUGACACAUACUCAGUUGAGCUGAUUUUCAGUAGAAUGCAGAGUCAUGCAAAGGCAGUGUCUUCUGUCAGGAGGGGCUGUUUGGUCUUGUGUUUAAAAUGUCAAACGAGGCAUUAGACGUCACUGCACCACUGUGUUUAGUCUUGCUAAAUGACAGAUUUCACUGUUGUAUUCAUGAUGUUCAAUAGUUAUUCCACAUCUGGCUGCCAAUCUCUUCUAGGCGCUGCAAACAUCCCAUCAAAAAAUAUUCCAAUCUUCCUUCUAAUGGCCCUUACAGUUAUGAUAUGGGCAUGAUUUGGCAUCAUACUGUAUCUCUUACCUGGAGCGAGUGUCACAGGUACUUGUGUGUGGAUUGAUGCAGUAAACCUGUGCAGCCACUAGUGUUGGCAGUCUCUCAAUAAACUUUUAUUACA